AGGGUGUUCCACGUCGGAUGUUAAAUAGUGCAACUCCGUCACUGCAAGUAUCGCAGGAUUUGGGAUUUGUGCUCAAAAUGGUAACGCUAGUUAAAGUGCAGUGAACAGCUCACGCCCCACUGCGAAACAAGUAACGCAUUUGGGAAGCCUGCAAAUGAUACCAUUUUUGGAUUACAGAAAAUCAUCUGUUGCAGCCUACGCCUCAGAAAGCGGAUAAGAACAGCUGCACACGCAAGGAGUACUGCUAGCGUUGCUAGCAAAAUAAAUUGAGUGGUGCUAGCCAACUAGCUAGCUACGCAGAAUAGCAAUAAGUCAUGGAGCCGCCAGAGCAGUCCGCAGGAGAGCCCGAGGCUCAGGAGGUCAACCCCGUCUACCUUCAACAGCUGCGGGAGCUGGACAUCCCUGAAGAGGCUGCAAAGCAGGCCUUGUUGCACACGCGGAAUGUGUCAGCGGAAGAGGCGGCCAUGUACUACUUCAACAAGCUGGAGAAUGAGGAGGAAGGCGAUGAAGAUCUGAUGUUCAAAAUGGUGUUCGUAGUGAAUAUGGACCUGUCCAUGGGCGUCGGCAAGGUGGCUGCACAGGUGGGGCAUGCAGCAGUGGGAUUGUACCAGGCCAUGCAGGAGAAGAACAGUUGGAGAGAGAUGGCCUGGAAGUGGGACCAUUCUGGGGCGAAGAAGGUGGUGCUUCAGGGAUCCAACAUGGCUCACCUUCUGGAGCUACAGGCCUUGGCUAUGAGUCUUAGUCUGCCAACAUACUUGGUGCAGGACGCAGGGAUGACUCAGGUGGAAUCUGGCUCUAGGACCGUCCUUGCCAUUAUUGGAGAGGAAGAGAUGGUGAACAACGUCACCGGAAGUUUAAAGCUGCUCUGAGCAGGGGACCAGGAGGGUGAUACGAGAAAUGAAGGGCUAUGCAGUACCACCUUUUCUCCACCAGGGGUCGGCAUAGCCUCGCAACAGCAAAUCUUGGCAUGCAAAAAAAGGAAGAAAAAAAAAACGUUUUGGAAAAAAAAGUAUACGACGAUACCGAGGACAUUAUCCUCCUUAACAUACACCCAUACUCACAAUCAUUUGCACAGAUGAUUUGCUCCUUUUUCUGUGGCACUGGUAAGUGUAUUGGAAAGGCUACUUGGGUGGAUAAGGAGGCGUUGUAGGUUAAUCGAAAGCUUGAGACACCGCUUGUCCACAAAACGUUUGCACGCCUGAGUUUGUGAUUGAAGGAAAGAGAUGGGGAAAUAUUGUGAAAUCCACCACCAUGAGUACUUUUUAUUUCAAUAUCAAUGUGUUGCCAGCCUUCCAUGAAUAUGUAUAAAGGACCCUGUGUAUUGGUGAUCUCCGAGGCAAAGUAGAGAUACUGUGGAGAGAAAAAAAAGAAAAUUCCUGUAAAAUUACAAACCUAGAUGUAGGAUAUGGGUCCCUGAAAUGUCUAGUUAAGACUACCCCAUCACUUAAAAGUCGUUUCCUUUACUGCUUUGUUGAUGUUACAAAAAAUGUAAUGUACUUAACGUAGCCUAUAGUGACAUGCCCUCCCCAGAAUCCUCAAUUUAGGAGUAACUUAUGCAUACCAACAUAAAAAAAAAUUGGCCAGCUUUCCCUUAUGUAUCGUGCAGUGCCAUGUUUAAUAUUUUCCUGCAAUUGUUGUUGGACUCUUGUUACAUGAACUUUUUUUCUGCUGAGGGGAAGUGGCCAUCUUAACAGUGGAGUGUUCUCAUUUUGGAACAAUGGGAAGUUUAAUUUUAUCUCUCUUAACAUGCUCUUGAUAGCACUGUAACACUAUUGCGGACCUCAACCCUGUGUGCAUUGUUAGUUGCCAUUGGGGGGAGGUUGAUGUUGUAUGUUUACAAAAAAAUGUGUUGUGUACCUAUUCCUCCUUAAUCAAGAAAACAUGUGUAAUGGUUUUAUGUGUAAUUAAUGGAGAUAAUGAAGGGGUGUUAAAACAACUUAUGAACGAAAUCAAGUCAUGGUGUGUAUUACCUUUUUGCAUGUAGGCCUACAUGCCUGUGAAAUGCAACAUGUUGACCAAAGUGAACAAAGACAAAACACAAUCAGACAAACGUACUUGUAUUUUAUUUUUU